CUCUUCAUUCCCUUAAUUGUCUCUCUUUUUAUUUCUCUUCCCCUUUCAUUGAUCCCUAUUUCCUUUCCAUUUACAUUUUAACAUUCGCAUUCUUUCCCUUUUUUCUUUUCCAUUUUCUCCAUUUCCCCAACAACCCAUUUUUCUAAAAUUGUUUUUAUCCCAAGAUCACCAUUAAACCAUCCAUAUCUUGGCAUCAUGGAGGUGGGUCUUUAGCCCCAUUGCCCCAUUUGCAUUGUGCCAAGAGAAGGAAUUGGGAUUGGUGAUCCUUGCAAAUUCUUGGAUAUUGGUCUUCAAUUCUGUUAUUUAUUGAUUUUUUUGAUCAUGUGGAUAUCAUCUGACAAUAUUCAUGGAUUUGUUUUGGCAAUUUCUUCGAGCAUUUUUAUCGGUUCUAGCUUUAUUGUCAAGAAGAAAGGUCUGAAAAAGGCUGGGGCUAAUGGAACCAGAGCAGGUAUGGGAGGGCAUUCGUACUUGCUUGAACCAUGGUGGUGGGCUGGGAUGUUAUCUAUGCUUGUUGGGGAGGCAGCUAACUUUGCUGCUUAUGCAUUUGCACCUGCAAUUCUGGUCACACCCUUGGGAGCUUUAAGUAUUAUUUUCAGUGCAGUGCUAGCACAUUUCAUCCUGGAGGAGAAAUUGCAUAUCUUUGGUGUGCUUGGAUGUGUUCUUUGCGUGGUGGGCUCUACGACUAUUGUUUUGCAUGCUCCGCAGGAAAGAGCUAUUGAAUCUGUUAAGCAAGUAUGGCUUCUUGCUACAGAGCCAGGUUUCCUUGUCUAUACUGCCAUAGUAUUGAUUGCAGUUGCUGUGCUCAUAUUUAGAUAUGCACCACGCUAUGGACAAAGCCAUAUGAUAGUUUAUGUUGGAAUUUGCUCUCUCAUGGGCUCUCUUACGGUAAUGAGUGUGAAAACAGUGGGAAUUGCUCUGAAGCUCACUUUUUCUGGAAUGAAUCAAUUUGUCUACUUUCAGACAUGGCUUUUCACUAUAAUAGUGGUGUUAUGUUGUCUUUUGCAGAUCAACUACCUGAACAAGGCGUUGGACACCUUCAACACAGCUGUUAUAUCUCCAGUUUACUAUGUUAUGUUCACAACUUUCACCAUCAUUGCCAGCAUGAUCAUGUUUAAGGAUUGGGACUCGCAAGAAGCAUCACAGAUAGCAACUGAAUUGUGUGGUUUUGUAACAAUCCUGUCCGGUACCUUUCUCCUUCACAGAACGAAGGAUAUGGGGGAUGGUCCUAGUCCACCUGCUGAAUCUCCAGUUUUUACACACACGAAUUCCCCAUCAGUGGAAUCGCCUGUUUUUACAAAUUCACAUUCCAAUACCAGCAGGAAUUCCGGAUAGCAGCGUACAUAUCAACGUUUUAAAACAAUGAAAUGGAAAUGUUUCAGUUUAUAGGCAAAAUCCUACUUUCAAGGUUGGAAGGAUCUUGACAGCAAGCAUACAGAAGCAACAUUUUUGUAAGCUGAUAGGUAUUUGCUUGACAAAUUAGGGUGGCAUGAGACAACGCAAAGAUGGAAAAGUAUUUCAUAACACAAAGAAAUGGUGAUAUGCUGAUGACAUUUGUAGGGAUCCUGAGACACUUACUGACAGUUUCUCUCUGCUUUUUUCUUUCUUUUCCAUUUUUGUUGUUGUUUUUUUUUUUUUCUCUCUCUUAAGAACAGACUAGCUUGUGAAUAUGUUGGGGGAGGGGGAGGAUGGUUUAAUGUUUAUGGGAGGCAGCUGUUUCUUGAAGACUAGACAGAUCAGUUGAUACUUAAAUCUGAAUGAUUUCGGUUCUUAUUCACUA